AUGGGGAAUUGGUGCAGCUUCUCUAUGAAGGUGCAGAGAGAAGCACCAUUGAAACCAGAAGAAAAUCCUGCAGAGGCGUUCAUUGAUUCAUCCCUCUUUGCUCACUGGGGCCAGGAUCUCAGCCCUGAGAACCAACGAAUUGCCCUUAAACAGUUCCAGUAUUAUGGUUACAAUGCCUACCUGAGUGAUCGUUUGCCGCUGGAUAGACCAUUGCCUGACUUUAGACCUAUUGGGUGCAAAAACCUCACCUUUCCAGAGAAUCUUCCUGAGGUCAGCAUUGUUUUCAUAUUUGUGAAUGAAGCUCUUUCAGUGAUUCUGCGGUCCAUUCAUUCUGCCAUCGACAGGACUCCUGCUCAUUUGUUGAAAGAGAUUAUUUUAGUGGAUGACAAUAGUAAUAAUGAAGAACUGAAAGAGAAGCUAAAAGAAUAUGUUGAUGAAUUGAACAUACGGAAACCGGGGUUCAUUAAGAUGGUCCGCCACAGCAAGCAAGAGGGGCUGAUUCGAUCUCGUGUUAGUGGCUGGAGGGCAGCCACUGCUCCAGUAGUUGCACUCUUUGAUGCACAUGUAGAAUUCAACGUGGGCUGGGCUGAACCAGUACUCAUGAGGAUAAAAGAAAACAGAAGACGAGUUAUUUCUCCAUCAUUUGAUAAUAUCAAAUAUGACAACUUUGAACUAGAAGAAUACCCUCUAUCAGCCCAAGGAUUUGAUUGGGAAUUAUGGUGUCGAUAUCUAAAUCCACCAAAAUCAUGGUGGAAGUUGGAAAACAGUACUGCUCCUAUAAGGAGUCCGGCAUUGAUUGGAUGUUUCAUAGUAGACAGGGAGUAUUUCCAAGAAAUCGGUCUACUAGAUGAAGGCAUGGAGGUCUAUGGAGGUGAAAACGUGGAACUUGGGAUCAGAGUAUGGCAGUGUGGCGGUAGCGUUGAAGUCCUGCCUUGCUCUAGGAUUGCCCAUAUUGAACGAGCUCAUAAGCCAUACACAGAAGAUCUAACAUCUCAUGUCCGAAGAAAUGCACUAAGAGUGGCUGAAGUUUGGAUGGACGAGUUUAAAAGUCAUGUUUACAUGGCAUGGAAUAUUCCUCAGGAGGAUUCUGGAAUUGACAUUGGGGAUAUCUCAGAGAGGAAGGCCUUGAGAAAAAAGCUGCAGUGCAAGACCUUCCGGUGGUAUCUUGUCAGUGUGUAUCCCGAGAUGAGAAUGUACUCAGACACUGUUGCCUAUGGGGUGCUACAGAAUUCCCUAAAAAGUGAUCUGUGCCUUGAUCAGGGACCAGAUACAGAAAAUAUUCCAAUCAUGUACAUCUGCCAUGGAAUGACACCACAGAAUGUCUACUAUACAGGUAACCAACAGAUACAUGUGGGUGUUCUUAGUCCUACCAUUGAUGAUGAUGACAACAGAUGCCUGGUCGAUGUGAACAGUAGGCCGAGACUUAUUGAAUGUAGUUAUGCCAAAGCCAAAAGGAUGAAGCUUUAUUGGCAAUUUACUCAGGGAGGUCCAAUCCAGAACAGAAAAUCCAAACGUUGUCUGGAAUUGCAGGAAAACAGCGACAAUGAAUUUGGAUUCCAACUAGUUCUCCAGAAAUGCUCUGGCCAGCGCUGGUCUAUAACGAACAUCCUGAAAAGCUUGCCGACAUAGACUUUUGGGGUGGGGGAGGGAAUCUUCUAGUCAGUCUUCUUGCUACUGUGUAGCGAACGUUUGCAACAACACCUGCAGUUUCCAUCCUUGUAUCAUUUUUGUGUGAGUGUGUGAAGGUCCGCUUGAGGGCUGAGAACAGACAUUUUUAUUUCAUAAUGGCAUUUUCAUGUGAUUUAUAGAUUGAUUCUGAAUGGCAGGUGAUGGUAGAAUAUCUUAAAAUAUUUUGCAAUUGUACAUAGGGGGAAAAUGGAAAAUAUUUAUA